CCGGGCGGCCCUGGUAGCCGGGCGCGCGGCGCGGAGGGGGCGAACCCGGCGCGCGGGUCUCAUUGUUGCGGGGGGGGGGCCCGUCGGGGCAUGAGGGCGAGAGCACGGCGGGGGGGGCGGCCAGACAGAGCGAGCGAGGAGGAGGAGGAGGAGGACGCCGAGGAGGAGGAAGGAGGAGGCAAAGAAAAGAAGCGGCGGCGGCGGAGGAGGAGGAGGAGGGAGCGAGGAGGCGCGCGGCCCCCCGCUCCCUCCCUCCCCCCCUGACCCCCGACCCCCGCCGGCCGGCCCCCCGCCCCAGCCCCGGAGGGAGCUCAUGGGAGUAUGAAGGAGAUGGUAGGAGGCUGCUGCGUAUGUUCGGACGAGAGGGGCUGGGCCGAGAACCCGCUGGUCUACUGUGAUGGGCACGCGUGCAGCGUGGCUGUCCACCAAGCUUGCUAUGGCAUCGUCCAGGUGCCAACGGGACCCUGGUUCUGCCGGAAAUGUGAAUCUCAGGAGCGAGCAGCCAGGGUGAGGUGUGAGCUGUGCCCACACAAAGACGGGGCAUUGAAGAGGACUGAUAAUGGAGGCUGGGCCCACGUGGUAUGUGCCCUCUACAUCCCGGAGGUGCAGUUUGCCAACGUGCUCACCAUGGAGCCCAUCGUGCUGCAGUACGUGCCUCACGAUCGCUUCAACAAGACCUGCUACAUCUGCGAGGAGCAGGGCCGGGAGAGCAAGGCAGCCUCAGGAGCCUGUAUGACCUGUAACCGCCAUGGAUGUCGGCAAGCUUUCCACGUCACCUGUGCCCAAAUGGCAGGCCUGCUGUGCGAGGAGGAAGUGCUGGAGGUAGACAACGUCAAGUACUGCGGCUACUGCAAAUACCACUUCAGCAAAAUGAAGACAUCCCGGCAUGGCAGCGGGGGUGGCGGAGGAGCAGGAGGCGGUGGUACAGGGGCAGGUGGCAGCGGCUUUAUUGCUGGCCGGAGAAGCCGGUCAGCCUCUCCGUCCACCCAGCAGGAGAAGCACCCUUCCCACCAUGAAAGGGGCCAGAAGAAGAGUCGAAAGGACAAAGAACGCCUUAAACAGAAGCACAAGAAGCGGCCUGAGUCACCCCCCAGCAUCCUCACCCCGCCUGUGGUCCCCACUGCUGACAAGGUCCCCUCCUCAGCCUCCUCCUCCUCCCACCAUGAGGCCAGCACUCAGGAGACCUCUGAGAGCAGCAGGGACUCAAAGGGGAAAAAGUCUUCCAGCCAUAGCCUGAGUCACAAGGGGAAGAAACUGAGCAGUGGGAAAGGUGUGAGCAGUUUCACCUCCGCCUCUUCCUCCUCCUCCUCUUCCUCCUCCUCUUCCUCCUCCUCUGGGGGGCCCUUCCAGCCUGCAGUCUCGUCCCUGCAGAGCUCUCCCGACUUUUCGGCAUUCCCCAAGUUGGAGCAGCCAGAGGAGGACAAGUACUCCAAGCCCACAGCCCCCACCCCUUCGGCUCCCCCCUCUCCCUCAGCCCCUGAGCCCCCCAAGGCUGAUCUCUUUGAGCAGAAGGUGGUCUUCUCUGGCUUUGGGCCCAUCAUGCGCUUCUCCACCACCACCUCCAGCUCGGGCCGGGCCCGGGCCCCGUCCCCUGGAGACUAUAAGUCUCCCCACGUGUCAGGGUCCGGGGCCUCAGCAGGCACCCACAAGCGGAUGCCCACACUGAGUGCUGCCCCUGCACCUGCUGAGGAGACCCCCGAGACAGGCCUGAAGGAGAAGAAGCACAAAGCUAGCAAGAGGAGCCGACAUGGACCAGGACGUCCCAAGGGCAGCCGGAACAAGGAGGGGGCUGGGGGUCCAGCUGCUCCCUCGCUGCCCAGUGCCCAGCUGGCUGGCUUUACUGCCACUGCUGCUUCACCCUUCUCCGGAGGUUCCCUGGUCAGCUCUGGCCUGGGUGGUCUGGCUUCCCGCACCUUUGGGCCUUCAGGGAGCCUUCCCAGCCUGAGCCUGGAGUCUCCCCUGCUAGGGGCAGGCAUCUACACCAGUAAUAAGGACCCCAUCUCCCACGGCGGCAGUGGUGGAAUGCUGCGAGCUGUCUGCAGCACCCCCCUCUCCUCCAGCCUGCUGGGGCCCCCAGGGACCUCGGCCCUGCCCCGCCUCAGCCGCUCCCCAUUCACCAGCACCCUCCCCUCCUCCUCUGCUUCUAUCUCCACCACUCAGGUGUUUUCUCUGGCUGGCUCUACCUUUAGCCUUCCUUCUACCCACAUCUUUGGAACCCCCAUGGGUGCCGUUAACCCCCUCCUCACCCAGGCCGAGAGCAGCCACACAGAGCCAGACCUGGAGGACUGCAGCUUCCGGUGUCGGGGGACCUCCCCCCAGGAGAGUCUGUCUUCCAUGUCCCCCAUCAGCAGCCUCCCCGCACUCUUUGACCAGACAGCGUCUGCAUCCUGCGGGGGCAGCCAAUUAGACCCAGCAGCCCCCGGAACAACUAACAUGGAGCAGCUGUUGGAGAAGCAGGGCGACGGCGAGGCCGGUGUCAACAGUGAGGAGGGGUGCAGCCGGGCUGGGAGACCUGCCCUAGGACCCCCAGACUCGGUCACCUUUUUCUCCGAGGCCCCGCACCUGGACCCGCCACCUGUGCACCCCGCCUUCGGCCCCCGCGGCCUCCUGGCCCUUACCUUCCUAUGCUCCAACUUCCUCCUGCCUUCACAACCCUUAUCACAGCUUCUACCCGCGAACCUCAGGCCCCGCCCCCAGUCCUCACACCUCCGGCUCCCGAGGUCCCGCUCUCCGAGCUCACCCAAGUCUCGCCGGCCGGCGCCUUGCCUUCUCUUUUUAGUCGUGGAGAUGCUGAAGGCACUGCACGCGCUGCAGAAGGAAAACCAGCGGCUUCAGGAACAGAUUCUGAGCCUGACGGCCAAGAAGGAGCGGCUGCAGAUUCUCAACGUGCAGCUCUCUGUGCCCUUCCCCGCCCUGCCUGCCGCCCUGCCUGCCGCCAACGGCCCAGUCCCUGGGCCCUAUGGCCUGCCUCCCCAAGCCGGCAGCAGCGAUUCCUUAAGCACCAGCAAGAGCCCCCCGGGGAAGAACAGCCUUGGCCUGGACAACUCUCUGUCCACGUCUUCCGAGGACCCACACUCAGGCUGCCCCAGCCGCAGCAGCUCGUCGCUGUCCUUCCACAGCACGCCCCCACCGCUGCCCCUGCUCCAGCAGAGCCCUGCUACUCUGCCCCUGGCCCUGCCCGGGGCCCCUGCCCCGCUCCCGCCCCAGCCGCAGAACGGGCUGGGUCGGGCACCGGGGGCAGCGGGACUGGGGGCCAUGCCCAUGGCUGAGGGGCUGUUGGGGGGGCUGGCGGGCAGCGGGGCCCUGCCCCUCAAUGGGCUCCUGGGGGGGUUGAAUGGGGCUGCCGCCCCCAACCCUGCGGGCUUGAGCCAGGCUGGCGGGGCCCCCACGCUGCAGCUGCCAGGUUGUCUUAACAGCCUAACCGAGCAGCAGAGACAUCUCCUGCAGCAGCAAGAGCAGCAGCUUCAGCAGCUCCAACAGCUCCUGGCCUCCCCACAGCUGACCCCGGAACACCAGACUGUUGUCUACCAGAUGAUCCAGCAGAUCCAGCAGAAGCGGGAGCUGCAGCGGCUGCAGAUGGCCGGGGGCUCCCAGCUGCCCAUGGCCAGCCUGCUGGCAGGAAGCUCCACCCCGUUGCUGUCCGCGGGCACCCCUGGCCUGCUGCCCACGGCGUCUGCCCCACCUCUGCUGCCCGCCGGAGCCCUGGUGGCUCCCUCGCUUGGCAACAACACGAGUCUCAUGGCUGCAGCAGCUGCGGCCGCAGCAGUAGCAGCAGCGGGCGGACCUCCAGUCCUCACUGCCCAGACCAACCCCUUCCUCAGCCUGUCGGGGGCGGACGGCAGUGGUCCCAAAGGAGGGACCGCUGACAAAGGAACCUCAGCCAACCAGGAAAAAGGCUAAAUCCACCCAGCCCCUCCUGACCCCCAGAUGGAGGGGGCAGAUCUUGGCCUGAGGGGUCCUAGCCUGGAGCAGGCACCUGCACCCAGACACUGGAGAGCCUCAGCGCAGAUCAUGUGCCGAGGCCUGGGGAGUGUGGGGUGCUCCUGGUGCCGAGGACUGAGACGGAGAGGGAUGCCCCUUCCAUUGGCCCCCUCUCCCUCUGCACUGACCCCUUUGUGAGGGGCUCAGAGGGAGGACAGGCUCCAAGCCCACCUAGGAGCCCCCACUCUCAGCAAAUGUUUUGAGGUCCUCCAAGAGCAAAGUGGGCCAUGGCAUAAGUGGGGGGUUGGUUGGACCUUCCACAUAAAAUGGAUCAGCACUUGAGUGGGGAGAGGCGGGGAGGGAUAGGCCCUGGGCCUGCCCCUGCGCGGAAAUCUCUUAUGAAAGGAGUAGUCCUGCUUUACCUGCAGUUUCUUCCCAACUUGGGCAGGUGGCAGAAGAGAUCCCUUGGACCGUGUCUCACCGGUCCCUUGCCCCUGCACCCCAACAAGGGUUACAAGCUGAGCUUGUAAAAGCCCACAGACUAGGGAGCUGAGGAAGGGGCAGGAUGGCAUCAAACUCAGCCCAGGCCUCCCCACCUCUCUGGAGCCCCCAGUGACGGGCUGGGGAAGGGCAGGGGAGGAGGCCCAGCCCCCUUUAGUGCCCUGUCCCUUGUUUGCACUAUUGGAUUUAGGAGUGCGGAGGGUGGGAAGAUGGAGCUGCCUGACUCAGAGAGCGUGUGCCUGUGAGCCUGUGCAUGUGUGUCUGCGUGCGUGUGUGUAUGUGUGUGUGUGUGCUCGCGUCUGUCUGUCUGACUCCCCCUGGACCUGGGGCAGCCGAGGGCAGGGAUAGGAGCAGUGCUCAGAUGAGGCGGCACCAGAAGGGGGCUCCCAGCUUCUGUUUGCACCCUCCCCACCUCACCAACUUUGGUCCCUUUCUGGGGCGUGAAUGGUUAACAAAACCAGAACAGUACUCCAAUAUUGGAGAGUAACCGGGGGCUGGGGGCUUUGAAUCAGGGUAAUAUCCUGCCUUCCCUCCCCCAGACCCCACACGGUCUCAGUGCCCCCUCAAACCUCCCCUCUCCCCGCCCCCCACCGCCGCUGAUGGUCUGUCCUGCUUCCCUGGCACGAAGGGAGUCCCAGGGAUGGGGGGAUGGGGCAGAGAGGGGGGGGGUAAAGUGCCACUUCCUUUAGUGAAAACCUCCCUCCCUGAAUUAGCCAGCUUGCUCCCCUGCACCCUACCCCCACUCCUGCCCCCACCGACCAGGGGAGCCUUCAGCUUGAGCUGACCUGACAACUGUCCCUUCACCCACCAGCUAUUCCCCCCCUCAGGGUGUGGGGGCAAUUCUCACCUUAAAGAGCCCCCACCUGCUCAGAGCCUUUGGUGGCAAAGGCUGAGUGAGGGGCCAGUAGGGCAGCCAGGAGAGAAGGGCAAGGGUGAAGCCUGUGUCUGUGUUUCAGUUGCACUGGGGUUGGAGCCAGGAGAAGGCUUUUCCAGCUUUCCCUGAAGCUCAUGUCUCGUCAGUGUUUGCAUGUGUGGAUUUUUUUGUGUGUGUUUCCGUUUGGGUUUUUGUUGUUGUUGGUUUUUUUUUUUUUUUUUAAAUAAAGAAAAGAAGAUGUGUAUAUUUUUGGCAACGACAGAAACGUAGUGCAGAUAUAUUUUUGCCUGUGCUGCUCAACUGGUUUUUUUCUGAUACUGAAAAUAAUAUUAAUAUUCCUGUUGAUAA